CCGGAAGUCCCUCCGCCCCGAGUCAGCUGCAGCGGGUUGGAGCGGGGGAGGGAGAAGAUGGCGGAACAGGAGUUUGGAGUAUUUCCUAAUUGAGGAGAGCCAUAAUACUGACAACAAGGGAAUCCUCUGGCGGAUGUCUCUGAAACCAUAUGAAGUCAUGGCAGAAACUGAAGAAAAAUCAUCUGAACCCAAAAAGUGUGGUCCAUACAUUUCAUCUAUAACCACUCAUGGCAUGAACUUCAUGAUUCGUGGAAUAGUGCUGUUUUUUAUUGGUGUAUUUCUUGCAUUAGUAUUAAACUUGCUGCAGAUUCAGAGAAAUGUUACGCUGUUUCCACCAGAUGUUAUCACCAGCAUCUUUUCGUCAGCUUGGUGGGUACCGCCCUGCUGUGGCACAGCUUCAGCUGCAAUCGGGUUAUUGUAUCCCUGCAUGGACAGACAUCUGGGAGAGCCACAUAAGUUUAAGAGAGAAUGGUCCAGUGUAAUGCGAUGUGUAGCAGUCUUUGUGGGCAUAAAUCAUGCCAGUGCUAAAGUGGAUUUUGCCAACAACAUACAGUUGUCUCUCACAUUAGCGGCACUAUCAAUUGGACUGUGGUGGACCUUUGAUAGAUCACGAAGUGGCUUUGGUCUUGGGAUAGGAAUUGCUUUCCUGGCUACGUUGGUGUCCCAGCUUCUGGUCUACAAUGGUGUUUAUCAAUAUACAUCUCCAGACUUCCUUUAUGUUCGUUCCUGGUUACCAUGCAUAUUUUUUGCUGGUGGCAUAACUAUGGGGAACAUUGGAAGACAGCUGGCAAUGUACGAAUGCAAAGUCAUUGCAGAAAAAUCUCACCAGGACUGAGGAGACAGAACAUGCACCUUCUUUGCAGGAAAAUGUCCAACAAGCAGCUAUCAGAAGACCAUAUGCUAUAAGGAACAUUUGAUUAUAAAAUUGCCAAAAUGCAAUUUUUUCCUUUGAAUGGUAUACAUUACUGCAAUCUGUGAUUGCUGCUUCUAUAAGUCAGUUAGAAACCUUGGUGUCUCUGAUUUGAUUACUGUGAAGUUACAGUAGUAUGCAAUACACUUGACAACAUUGGUUCAUGGAUAGGAUUUUUUUUUUUCUGAAUCUAAACUGUUUACCAUAUGUCAUUGUCUUUC